UAUAUCAGUUCGGUUGUUCGAACACAAACUCAACUGAGAAAUCUGCGAUAAACCCCAAAACCCCAACAAAACAAUGCUAGCUCAAUGGAAUUACUUCGCCACUCCUCUUCCUUCAAAUCUUUUAACACCAAAAUCAAAAACCCACCACAGAAAUAGACCUCUAAGUUUAAUCCAGUGCUCGAGUCAACCAAAUGAAGCGAUGAGCUCAGGAACUAGCGCGAGGGAACGAAGGCUUCUCAGAGUUAGAGAAGAGAAGCGCAAGAGGGAGUAUGAUCGUAUUCACAAGUAUCCACAAUGGGCUAAGGUUUUAGAAGAUGCAUGCAGAGAUGAUGCAGAGCUUCGUGCAGUUCUUGGGGAUAGUAUUGGUAAACCAGAGCUCAUGAGGAAAAGGGUCGAGGAAAGGGUUCAAAGAAAAGGCAGAGACUUCCACAAGUCAAAAACAGGAUCUGUUCUUGCAUUUAAAGUUAGCUUCAGAGACUUUAACCCUAUAGAUUCCUUUAUAUGGUUUGAGCUUUAUGGUGCCCCAUCAGACCGUGAUGUUGACCUUCUUGGUAGUGUAAUUCAGUCAUGGUAUGUUAUGGGGCGCUUGGGUGCAUAUAACUCCUCAAAUCUACAGUUGGGAAACUCUUCUAUGGAUUACAAUCCUACUUAUGAUUCUGAUAAAGCUGCUACGGUAAUGCCCUCUUCUUUCCAUGAUAUAAGCAAUGUGGAAUUCCAAGAUAAUUGGGGUCGGAUUUGGGUGGACCUUGGAACAUCUGAUUUCUUUGCUAUUGAUGUAUUGCUCAACUGUUUGACCGUCUUGAGCUCAGAAUAUUUAGGCAUUCAACAGGUUGUCUUUGGUGGCCGCCGCAUGGGUGACUGGGAAGAAGGCAUGACGAGUUCCGAAGAUGGUUACAAGCACUUCAAGAUCUGAGAAUCCACAUCAUGUUCAAAUCCUGAUGAGUGUUUACAAGUCACCCUUGCUUUCUACUACUUAACAUGAGAACAACUAUAAAGAAAUGUAGAAGAUGAGCAUACAGUGUUCCCAAGAAUACUUCUUACAGAGCAACAUAUAUACAAGAGAGAGAGUUUUUCCUAUGAUCGGAGGAUUGCUGCCAAAAUUAUCGACAUUCUGAUGAGGAAGUUUUUCACUGCAUAAAGUACAUUUGGCAAGGGAGGACCCAGAAUUUUGAUUUUUUUUCUCCCUGUAAGCUUGUACUCCUUCAAAGUGCCCCUUUGUGAGUGAUUAAAAGUUCGUCAGUAUAAUCCUGUGGAGAGAAUAGCAAUAUAUAUAUAUAUAUAUGA